GCCACUGAGUAGAAAGAAAGAGAGAGAGAAGUAAAUGAAACAAGAGAUUGGUGGUGAGAGGACUCAGCUUUGCAUUUAUUAUCUAAUCUUCCAAACACAAAAACAAAACAAAAAAAAAGAUCUUUCUUCUUCUUCUUCCUUCUGUUCUGUUCUGUCUCUAGGGUUUUCUUGGAUUCCAUUUUAUAAUUUUUAUUUGAAUUUCUGUUUCCAUUUCUCCGUGAAAUUCGUUUGAUUUAAACCCCAAAAUCUUAUAAAUUUCCAAUCUUUAUCUUCUGGGUUCACUUAAAGUUUCCGUCUUUAUUGAUCUCCUCCAAGAUCUCCUUCUCAAUUAGGGUUUUUUUUCUCUCUCUCUUAUGGGUCUUCCCUCCUUUUAUUACUAAAACAAAAAGAUUAUGCAUUUCCCUUUGUGGAAGCAAAUCCACCACUGCGCUGCUCUCAUCUUAGACAAGAGCAAGAGCAGGAGUAGAAGCCAUGACUCCUCCUCCACCUCCUCCUCCACGCUCCGUAAGCUCUACGAAGACAAGCUCAGAGAAGCUCUCGAGGAAGCAUCCGAGAACGGGUCACUCCACAAAUCUCAAGACAUAGACAAUGAGACUCAAGAAGACGAGAACUUGUCCCGGUCUAGAUCCCUAGCGAGACUCCACGCGCAGAGAGAGUUUCUACGCGCGACAGCUUUAGCAGCUGAACGAGAUUUCAACUCAGAGGAAGACAUCCCUCAGCUUCUUGAAGCUUUUAGCAAGUUUCUUACAAUGUAUCCCAAGUACGAGACGUCUGAGAAAGUUGAUCAGUUGAGAUCUGAUGAGUAUGGUCACUUGUCUGAUUCCAAUUCCAAGGUAUGUCUUGAUUACUGUGGGUUUGGUCUGUUCUCGUAUGUUCAGACGCUUCAUUAUUGGGAUUCUUGUACGUUUAGUCUCUCUGAGAUCACUGCUAAUUUGAGUAACCACGCGCUUUACGGUGGAGCUGAGAGUGGGACUGUGGAGCAUGAUCUCAAGACUAGGAUUAUGGAUUACCUCAACAUCCCUGAGAGUGAGUAUGGUCUUGUUUUCACUGUUAGUAGAGGCUCUGCGUUUAAGCUCCUUGCUGAGUCUUACCCUUUUCAUACAAACAAGAGGCUUUUGACGAUGUUUGAUCAUGAGAGUCAGUCUGUGAACUGGAUGGCUCAGACUGCUAGAGAGAAGGGAGCUAAGGCUUACAACGCUUGGUUUAAAUGGCCGACUUUGAAGCUGUGUUCCACUGAUUUGAAGAAGAGGUUGUCUCAUAAGAAGAGGAAGAAGAAGGACUCUGCUGUUGGGUUGUUUGUGUUUCCUGCUCAGUCUAGGGUUACUGGGUCUAAGUACUCUUACCAGUGGAUGGCUCUUGCUCAGCAGAACAACUGGCAUGUCUUGCUUGAUGCUGGCUCUCUAGGUCCUAAAGAUAUGGACUCGCUGGGGUUGUCCUUGUUUCGACCAGAGUUUAUCAUCACUUCGUUCUAUAAAGUGUUUGGGCAUGAUCCUACAGGGUUUGGUUGUUUGUUGAUUAAGAAGUCAGUGAUGGGUAAUCUCCAGAGCCAGUCUGGUAAAACAGGAUCAGGAAUAGUGAAGAUCACACCUCAGUAUCCGUUGUAUCUCAGUGAUUCAAUAGAUGGUUUGGACGGAUUGGUUGGUCUUGAAGAUGGUACAAAUGGUUAUGAUAAACCUCCUGGCGCUACUAUGGAAGCUGCUCGUAAAGGAGCUCAGAUGCCGGCUUUCUCUGGCGCAUACACUUCAGCUCAAAUGAGAGAUGUGUUUGAGACAGAGCUUUUAGAUGAUAAUACCUCUGAUAGAGAUGGGACUAGUAGUACCAUUUUCGAAGAGAAUGAAAGCGUUUCGGUUGGAGGGUUGAUGAAGAGUCCAGCUUUUAGUGAAGAUGAGUCAUCAGACAACUCGUUUUGGAUCGAUUUGGGUCAUAGUCCUCUUGGUUCUGACCCCUUGAACCACCAUAAAAUCGCCUCUCCGUUGCCACCGUUUUGGUUUACAAGCAAACGGCAGUCACCUAGACCUGUUGCAAAGAGUCCUAUGUAUGAUGGUAAAGACGUCCUCUCGUUUGAUGCUGCAGUUAUGUCGGUUACUCAGGAGACUAAUAACUCAACGCCAUCACGGAACCUGAGGAACUCCAGGAGUCUCCUUACACAAGAGAUACAGGAAGAAGAGCAAUGUGGUUUUGGAACAAAUGGGUCAAGCUCCAAGAUUUGCUCUGAUAUGAAAGAGAAUGCUAUUAGACGAGAAACAGAAGGAGAGUUCAGGUUGUUAGGAAGAAGAGGGAGGCUUAUGGGUGUUGAAGAUGAGCAACCUAGCAGAGGAACAAGGGUUUCGUUUAAUGUUGACCGUGUCAGUCAUAGUCUGGACCAAGGUGAAGCUUCUCUGGCAAGUGUGUAUGACGAAGAAAGUGAUGGUGAGAACCCGAAUGAGGAUGAUUGGGAGAGAAGGGAACCGGAGAUUGUUUGCAGCCAUAUUGAUCAUGUGAAUAUGUUAGGUCUUAGUAAAACCACAACUAGACUCAGGUUCCUUAUAAACUGGCUUGUGAUCUCUUUGCUGCAAUUGAAAGUGCCUGAAUCAGGCGACAGAGCCAUGAAUCUUGUGCAGAUUUAUGGGCCAAAGAUAAAGUACGAAAGAGGAGCAGCGGUUGCUUUCAACGUGAAAGACAAAAGCAAAGGCUUUGUGAGUCCAGAGGUUGUUUUAAAACUUGCUGAGAGAGAAGGUGUGUGUCUUGGUAUUGGCAUCUUGAGUCACAUACGGAUGAUGGAUAUCCCGAGAAGCCAUCAUCAUCGUGGGGGAGGCGCUAGGAUCAAGGAGGAAAGCUCUUUGCAUAUGCAGAGAGAAGCUGGUGGUAAGAGAGGAGGUGGGUAUGUGAGAUUUGAGGUUGUGACAGCUUCUCUGAGCUUUUUGACAAACUUUGAAGAUGUUUAUAAGCUAUGGGCUUUUGUGGCCAAGUUCCUAAACCCUAGUUUCAGCAGAGAAGGUACGCUCCCUACUGUAGUUGAAGAUGAAGAAGCAGAAGAGUCAGAGACGUGAUGGGAGAAAACACAAAGCCAGAAAACUUUUUGAAUAUGACUCAAAAGAGGCUGUGCAUCCUAGAGAUGAUGGGUAGUGGUGCUUCUGGAAAUGGAAAGUGAGAGAUGUGAGUUGAGAUUUGUUGCUAUAUAGUUUUUUAUUUAAUUGCGUUUUGAUGUGUUUAUCAGUUGUGAGAUAGGGAGGGAACAAUUCUUGUAAUGUGGAAAGCAGAAACAGUGUUUGGCCAAAAGAUUUCACGUUUAGAUUAAAGCAUUUAGCUCUGACACAACCUCUCAUCAAGUCU